GUAAAUGAUUAAACAACUUAUCUAAUCGAAAACAUCAUGGGAAUCGGUAAAGAAGCAGGGGUUUGUAUGCUUUGAGAUAAAAAUAGUAGUUUACGUGGACAAAGAAAUUAAUCUUAGGUUAUUCCGUAAGCAUCUGAAUAGAACGCAAGUAAAUGGAUGCGCUUUCAGUUUUUUGGUAAAUUCGGAUAAAUAGGCUACAGCAGUUGGCAGAUAUUUAUUUGUUGUUAUAAUCUAAUGUGUUAAUCUUUAGGGGGUAGAGCAGCUUUUUUUGUAUACAUGUUAUAGCUUUUAGCUAGGCUACGUAAAAUCAAACCAGAUGUUAUUUUUGCAUGCUUUGCAUACCAAUCACUAAGCGUCAGCAAGUGAAAGUUGUGACAGUGUCUUCUGUAGUGUUCUGCCAUCACAGCCACUCAAGGUGUGACUGGCAACCUGGACUCUGGAUGACCACUGUUGCAGUCAAAUUACCGCUUAAAAUUGUUUUAAUUUGAGAACUGAAAACUAGGAUCAAUAACCAUUAUUUACAAUUGUUAUUUCCCUCCAAACAACAGUAUUGUUUAAAGACAGAUUAGAGAUAGAUGACUGGUGACUGGAAUGGGACUUUAAGUGAAGGAGCUCGGGACAGGUUAGCUGACAUGCUGGACAAUGCCAAAUGUGGAUGGCGACAACUUGCCAAUGUUAUCACAGCAAUUUCGAUUCCGCUGCAGCUAAGACUUUGAAAUUAAACACUCAAUAUUAAAAAGAUUGACUCAUAAUCAUUACAGAUUUGAUGUUGAUAUGUAAAUCCAUACCUCAUAUUCUUCACAGAAGAAUCUUUGUCAUCUUUACCCAAUGAUAACAGUCAAUCUGUAACUUUUUAAUUUGUGAUGUUGUGAAGCUGUGGAAGUCUGAAAGAGGGCAUAAAGACCCAUGGAGAGAAUGAGUGUUUCUCCUGACCUGACGGGUUUGCCACCAUUGAUUGACAGUGAGAAUGAGAUGAUCAGCUGUUCGUUCCAGAUUCUCAGCCCGACAGACAGCCCCGGCCGCUACCUCCUGGAGAGACUGUCUGAGCGCUCCUUCACCCUGGGCUUCCUGCUGCACUGCUUGAAGACAAUGGAGCACCAUGACGCUGUCCAGUACCUCACUGCCACAAAUAGUCAAAACCUCAACAAAUUCCUGACUCUCUCUCUAUAUAUAGUCCAGCUCCAUUUUGGCAAAACAUCAACACUACAGGCAUCCUCUCAGUCAUCUUACCUGGUGUGUGUGUUUGUGCGUGUGUGUUUGUGCGUGCGUGUGUAGUGAUGGAGCUGAUCCAGAUAAUAAUGCAGCCCAAGGCCCAGCAUGCUACAGAGGGAGGCAGGUGGUGCUGGUCUGUAAGGCCAGUGGUCCUACUGCUAUUGGCUACCAGUGGUUCAGAGGCAAAGAAGAGGUCAGUCCAUUGCAUAUUGCCGUCAUUAUAUACCCAGUUCCGACAUACAGUGAGAAGUGCUUUUGAUUUGAGGAAAGCAUUUUAGACAUGCAACACACAAAACAUGAAGAAGAUGCUUCCAUGCCACUGGGCAGUGAGUGAGAUAACAGGUUCUGGGUGGAAACAGUCCAGAGCUGGUCCUUUGCCCUUUAACCCCAACCUACCAUGGACACUGCACCUGCAGGUUCAAAUAUGAAGAGAGCUUAAUCUUCUCCCAGUGUGCACAUGUCCGCCUGGUACGGUCAGCUAGCUCCAGCGCAGUUAACUCCAUGAUAAACUAUGAUAUUAGAACAUAAUAAGGUAAUGUACAUGACUGCUUGCUUAGCCAGUACCACUUUCUCCUGAUUCGACCCAUAUCUGGCAUGAACUCGAGACAUCUGCCAAAAUGCGGUGUGGUUCAACUAUAACACUGACAUUUUGCCAAGUCAGAGAUGAGUGGCCGAGCCCGAGACGUUUCUCUGAAACAGAGUUUCUCUGUUCAGUGUCUGUAUUCUUUUGCCCAUCUUAAUCUUUUAUUUUUAUUGGCUAAUCUGAGAUAUGGCUUUUUCUUUGCAACUCUGCCUAGAAGGCCAGCAUCCUGGUGUUGCCUCUUCACUGUUGACUUUGAGACUGCUGUUUUGCGGGUACUAUUUAAUGAAGCUGCCAGUUGAGGACUUGUGAGAAACUUAAAUGACGGCAUCCCUCCACAGCCAGGACAACUGAAAGUGACUUCAAACUUAGUGUUUGGUAUUGCCACGUGAGAUUCUUCUCUGCCGCCUAAAAGUACCUCCUUCACUCAAAUACACGUAUCACAGAAUGUGUUAUAUUAAUCUCUGAUUAUGCCUCGGCGUGUGGAUGCAAAGGCCUUUGAGGUGAACAAAGACGAUGUGUCCAAUGGAAUCUUCAUCAGUUUCCUCAAACAGAGAGCAUGGAAGACGAGAAGGUCACAGUCAUGCUGGACAGGGUGGCUAAAGGUAUCACUAUUACUGAUUACAUUCAAUAUACCUUGUAAAAAAAAGACUGUUAAUGUAGUUUCUCUGUUUGGUUCAUGUAUCUGUACAGACAUGGGUCUGUGUGAGAUCACGCGAGUGCGGCAGGCUCUAGGGUUAAGCAGUAAUCUGUCUGAGCUACAUGCUCUCACUGACCGCAUCCAGAGCUCUUGCUGGUCAGAGACCACCUCAGCACGUAACCUCCAGUUCUGUCCAGUUCUUCCAGAGAACCGUAACCUGCAGUUUGACUGUGGCGUGAAGGUGUAGCUAGGCUUCGCAGCAGAGUUCUCCAACAUCAUGAUCAUCUACACCAGAAUAUUGGAGAAGACCAAGGACAUUGGGUCCUGCUUUGCCAAUCUCACAGACUUCGCUGAGGGUUUGGAUAUGGAUCUGAAGAUGGGUAAUCAGGAGAGCCUCCUAGAUGCAGGGAGUUUACUGCCAAUGGACAUCCUUCUGCCCACAGAGCUUCCAGGCCUCUACACCCACCUGAAGGGCGUACAGAGUCUCAGGAAGGAGCUGACAUUCACUGUGGACCUUCAGUAUCAGUAUACGAACUUGGAUGAGGAGGUCCAAGAAAAGCAAACUGUCAUUGUGGACAAACCACUGGUAUCCAAACUAAAUCUCCACGAACCUCGGCUUCCCCGCUCCAACUCAGCCUUCUCCUCACUUGACCUUCACUCACACUCACUUCACCAUUCCUCCUCCUUCCCAAAGGGCUUUGGGCCAAGCUUCCCUGCCUCAGAGACUUCCUGCAAUGUCUCAGCCUCCACCUCCUGGUCAUAUUACUCUGAGCCAGGCAAGUCUGUCACCCCAUCUUUCACUGGGAAUGUUAAUCUACAGGUAGAGGAUGACAGUGCAGAGUUGUUUGAUUCUGACUCCCCUCAGCCUCUCACGACAACCUACCUCAUGGUCAAGUAGAGGACCUCACAUAUUGGUUCAGUAACAUGCAAAACUUCCAUUCAUGUUAGUCCUGUCAAUUUGUGGAACGUAAGCGUGCGACCCAUUCCGUUUUAUCUACAGACAUACACAUUAACUUAUUGUGCAACUUAUUGCUCUACUGUAUUUUAGUCAAUGCCACUCCGACAUUGCUCAUCCUAAUAUAUAUUUCUUAAUUCCAUUAUUUUACUUUUAGAUUGGUGUAUUGUUGUGAAUUGUUAAAUACUACUGCACUAUUGUGACUAGGGACACAAGCAUUUGGCUACAGUACACCCGCAAAAACAUCUGCUAAAUAUGUGUCUGUGACCAAUCAAAUUGGAUUUGAUUUUCAUUUGAACUAGCAUUACAACAAAUUGAUCCUAUAACCUGCAUUGUUUAUAUGUUAAAGGAUACAGAGAUUUAAAAAAAAUAAUAAUUGUAAUGGGUGUUUGUGAAAAUUGUAUGAAAACAUAGUGCCUUUUCUAUAGUUCAAAGCAGAACCAUUACAUUUUGGGCAUGGUAUUAUUACAUUAUUUUCACAUUGUGGUAUGAAAUAUUAGUCAUUAU